AUCAGCAUUAUGAAAAACAAAAUAAUGUUGGCACCCUGAACUAUACAUGAAUAAAUACACGGAAAAAUACACAGAAGUAAUACGGGCAUAAGUGCUAUCUACGCGUCGUUAUGUAAAAGCUCCCGGAAUCUUGAAAAAGUAGGUAAAAUCUAAAUUGUGUGUUUUCGAGUGACUCCGAGGAGCUCGUUCGGUGUAACUCGAUGUAUAAAAGGAAUACAGUAGUAAAAAAAAGCCGACGGCCGGAAAAUUUUCGGAAGUGAAGUCAUCCCAUCCCGUCAGAGGUUGAGCAUGAUAAAAGAAUAAUAAUUAUUGUUACAACACUGAUUUAUGGCACAUUUUAUACCAAAUUGAAAACAAACUCAGGUGAUUUAAGCAGUUAAAACCAACUGACAAGAUGUACGUCGUUUUGCGAUCCUUUAAUUUGAAAAGCACUCGUUCGAAAUUGAUCAGAUGUUGCAGAAGUUAUUCCCUAAACCACUCUUGCAUGUGCAAUAUAAACUGCCACUUUGCAAAUGUUAGCUUCCUCGAACCAAGAAGAUUGUAUUCACUUACCACACAUGCAAACUUGUUAAAUUAUAAUAAAGAACUAGUUUACAUCAAUAGUCAACAACAGUCAAGAUACAUUUCUGUGUCACCUAUAUUUUUUGAAAAGGAACCUUUGAAACCAUCUUCCAAAGUCGAAGUUACAGUUCAAGAACUCAAAAAACAAAAAGAAGAUGCCAAAAUUCAAGACACCCAAGUGGCCAAACCACCUGCAGUUAAAAAAUCAAUUGGACAAAAAAUCAUCGAUGAAAUUGUCCAUUAUUAUCACGGCUUCAGACUGCUUGGCAUAGACGUAAAAAUCUCAGCAGGUCUAGUAUGGCGCGUUCUCAGCGGCAAAACCUUAACGAGAAGGGAAUAUCGUCUACUGACUCGGACAGUUGGUGAUUUGUUCCGUUUAGUACCAUUUUCAGUAUUUAUAAUUGUUCCAUUCAUGGAAUUGCUAUUGCCUGUGUUUAUUAAGUUGUUUCCCGGUAUGUUGCCUAGUACAUUUCAGACUACUUCUGAGAGGGAGGAUAAAAUUAAGCAGAAUCUGAAAGUGAAGCUGGAAAUGGCCAAGUUUUUACAGGGUACUCUUGACGAAAUGGCAGUCCAGCACAAGGACCGCUAUUCAGAAACGGCCAAAGAGUUUUUAGAGUGGUUCAAUAAGGUGCGUACAUCGGGCCAGGAAGUUUCCACUGAGGAAAUAAUGAAAUUUUCGAAAUUAUUCGAAGACGAAAUCACUUUGGAUUCGUUAACUAGAAGCCAGCUAAUUGCCUUGUGCAGAGUCUUGGACGUUCAUACUUUAGGAACCAACAAUUUUCUACGGUUUCAGUUGAGAAUGAAACUAAGACAGUUAGCUGCCGAUGAUAAAAUGAUCCAAAAAGAAGGAGUACAUUCGUUAACUUUAGGCGAAAUCCAACAAGCAUGUAGGGCAAGAGGCAUGAGAGCCUAUGGAGUAUCAGAAUUAAGGUUAAGAUCACAAUUAAACCAAUGGUUGGAUUUAAGUUUAAAUGAAAAAGUGCCUCCAUCUCUGUUAUUGCUCUCUAGAGCUUUAAUGUUACCAGAAACUAUACCAACAAGUGAUAAACUUAAAGCUACAAUUUCUUCAUUGCCUGAAACUAUUGUUAAACAAACUCAAGCUGCUAUUGGUGAGAAAGAGGGCAAAAUUGAUAACAAGAUACGUUUGGAGCUUAUCAAAGAAGAAGAAAAGAAAAUUAAACAAGAAAGAAAGGAACAUAAAGAGGAAAUUAAAAAAUUGGAAGAAAAAGAAUUAUUGGUGGACAAAGCACCAACAAUUUCAGCUUCAGCCACGCCUAUUUUAGAGGACACCGCUUUAAGGAUAUCAACUGAGAAGUUAGAGAAAGUGGAAAAGGCGAAAGAAAAAGAAGAAGAUAUCCAUACCAAAGACAUCCAAAUCAUUGAACACGCCAUCGAUACAGUGUCCAAAGAAAAGAAACUUAUUGUGGAAAAAGAAGAAAUUCAAGAACUCAAAUCAGAAAUGGCCGACUAUAAAGAAGACGUUGAAGAUUUGGCAAAAGCCACUGCCGACACUCCCAAACCUGAAGUCCAAGAAACCAAGGCAGCUAAAAGAUUAUUCAAGAGCGUUAAUAAGAUGAUAGGAAAGAUGGACAAGGUGUUGGUAGAAUUGGAAAAGAAAGAAGCCCAACUGAAGAAAGAUUUAACAGAAGAUGCUAGUGAUAAAAAGAAAGAGGAGCUACUGAAGAUUGACGAUAUUAUCGCCGCUAUUCAGAAGAUCAAAGAUGUACCUGACCAGAGUAGACUGGAAAAAAUUGUUAAGGUUUUGAGGAAAAUGGAUGACGAUCAUGAUGGUUCCUUGAAAAUUGAUGAUGUGCUUAAGGUUAUCGAAAUAAUAGGAAAAGAAAACGUGAAACUAAACAGUAAACAAAUCGACGAACUUAUUGAACUUAUCGACAAAGAAGAAAUUUUGGAAGUCGAAGACAAAAUCGAAAAAGCUUUACUCAAAGACAAAGAAGCGCAGGAAGCUGAGAAACGAUUAGCUCAAGCUAAAGAACAAUCCAAUAACGAACAUAAAGAUGAAACUCUAAGAGCGCCCAUUGAAAAGGAAGAAAUAAAAAAGGAUCCAGAUAUGAAGGGCAAUGAAAAGGAGGAUUUGAAGUCGCCGAACCCAGUACCACCAAGUACUAAACCCAAUAUGGACCCGGAGACCGUUAUACCGCCGCCUACCAUAGAGAAAAAGCCGGAAAACAAUUCGAAAACGUUUUAGUAAUAUUUUAAGCUGAAUAUAGGAGCCAAUAAAUGUCAAAUAAAUCUAAUGGAGCAUGUAUGUAAUUUAUUGGUUGUGGCUCCUGAAAAUUUCCAGGAAUAAUUAGUGCACAAGAAAUUAUUUUUUUAACAUUAUUGUUUGUGUGUGUGUGUUAUAGCUGAUGUAAAUAUUAUUGGUAGCUGCAACCAGGAGAUUAAGUGAUACAAUACAAUCGCGCUGUGAGGGUCUAUUUUGUUUAUUUUGACUUGUUGUUUUAGAGUGCUCGAUGUUAUUAAUAUUAUUUUUUUAUGGAGAUUUUCUAUUUCAAUAUUGUCCCAAGGGGUUGGGUAUUUAAUUGUUUUUUUUUUUUUAUAAGUAUGUAAUACAUAUAUCUAAAGCUAAGUACAUACAGGCCAAAGGCACACGUGGAGUGAUUUUUGGAAGUGCUGGAAUCAAUUUUAACAGUUUCCUAGAUUGCCAUUUGGACCCGUUCAUUACCACUUACUUUCCAAUUAUUCUAUUUAAUGAAUGCCAUUACAUGCUCUUAUUUUUAAAUAUGCAACCCACUAUCGAACACUGUCCAUCUGACUCCAACUCGAUUCUAAUUUUUCAAUGUCUUCUGAUUCUUUAGCAUUUCUUCAGGUUUACAGUCUGUACUUGGCAAAUACCAAAAACUGUUAUUCAAUUUUAUGUAAAAUUCUUGGCCAUUUUCAGACAAUUUUUCCCCAUAUUCCUCUGACAUUAGUUUUAGUGCUUACUUAUUAAUAUUUUUUUUUUUACAUAAAAAAAAUAAGUAAACAUAAUUUUUGUUGAUAUUGUAUAUAUUGAUGUAUAAAAUCUAUUAAAUUGUUCACGUUGUUGUUAUUGGUGAAUUUUUGUGUAUUUGGGA